AUGCAGCUCUUUAACUAUCUUCCCGUGGCCUUGCUGGCUUACGCCACAGGGAUUGCCGCCGCCCCCGAUCAUGAUUCUGGCGAUCACUCCUCCGCCACCGACGGCGACUCAGCCGACUUCACACCCGCCGUCAACUGCCGCAACGACAUUUGUUACUCCGCCGUCGUCCCAGAGGCCACCGCCAGCUCCGACUCGGGACCCAUCUGGUUCCAGAUCUACGCCCCGACCAAGUUCGCCUGGGUCGCUCUCGGCACCGGCAGCACCAUGUCCGAUGCCAACAUGUUCAUCAUCUACCAAGACGGCGACGGCAACGUCACGCUGUCUCACCGCCAGGCCAGCGGCCACACCAUGCCCCAGGUCCCAGCGAACAGCCCCGUGACCACUACGCUCUUGCCUGGCACGGGUGUGAGCGACGGGUUCAUGGUGGCCAACUUUCGGUGUGACAACUGCACCACCUGGAAGAGUGGCGAAAGCCUGGACUUCUCGUCGGCUGGCACGCCCAUGAUUGGCGCGUGGCAGGAGGGUGACCCCCUUGAUUCGACCGAUGUCGAGGCGAGAAUUGGGAAGCACACGGGCAGCCCGCGCAUCUUCUCCCUCGAUCUGUCUAGUGCCAUCAAGGCGACUGCUGGCAAUCCUUUCGUGGACGACUUUGCUGUCCCUGAGGAGGCUAAUGACGGCGGUUCCGAGGAUGCCGAUGCGGAGGACGACAGUGCAGGUGACGGUGCUGAUGGCGAGAGCGCCGGUGUUGGCAGGUCCUCCCUUGUUUCUGGGGGUGUUGCUGCUGCUGCUAUGAUGAUGGGCUUCUCUCUCCUCAUGUAA